AUGCUGGGGAUCAUGUUGAAGUUGUCGCAUGUCGACGAAACCGUCUAUUUCCUCAAUUCCAACGUGUUCUUCCUCUACCUGCUGCCUCCGAUCAUCUUCGACGCGGGCUAUUUUAUGCCCAACCGGCUGUUGUUCGAGAACUUUGGCUCGGUGAUGAUGUUCGCGGUGGUGGGGACCAUCUGGAACACUGUCGCCAUUGGCGGGACAUUGUCAUUGCUCUCCCAAUACACCAAUCUUUUCAAUGUGAACGUCUCGUCCGUGGAGUCGUUCCUCUUUUCCUCGUUGAUCAGCGCCGUGGAUCCGGUGGCUGUGAUCACCGUUUUCGAGGAGAUCCAUGUCAACGCCUUCCUGUUCAUCAACGUCUUUGGCGAGGCCCUCUUCAACGACGGGAUCGCCGCGGUUCUCUUCCAAAUCUUCAACAAAAUGACGACGGUUGGCACCGCCAACCUCAAUGCUCAACAUUUUGCCGUGUUUGGCUCCUCAUUUUUUGCUGUCGCUCUUGGCGGAGCAUUGAUUGGCGUUAUUUUUGCAUUUGUCAUCGCGCUGGCCACGAAAUGCACUCAACGCGUGAGGGUGGUGGGCCCGGUAUUCGUGUUUGUCAUACCGUAUAUCUCGUAUUUGGUGGCCGAGAUGACGGGAUUCUCGGCGAUUUUGGCGUAA